AUGCUACAUUUGUUUAUAAUAUUUUUUCUUAUAUCUAUCUGUCAUACUAAAAUAAGUUCAGCAGAAUCAAUUUCACGAAAUUUUACUAUCAUUGGUAAUGAUUUUAUAAAAGAUGGUCAACGUUUUCAGAUUGUAUCAGGAAGUAUACAUUAUUGGCGUAGUCUACCUCAGCAAUUUUCUUUUCAGGAUUGGAAAGAUCGUCUGACAUUAAUAAAAGAAUUAGGAUGUAAUACAAUUACAACAUAUAUCUGGUGGGCAUUACAUGAACCUGAAGAUGGAAUAUUUGUAUUUGAUAAACCAGAAUAUGACUUUGUUUCAUUUAUCAAAUUAGCACAUAGUCUAGGUUUAUUAGUUAUUGUUCGUGUUGGACCUUAUAUAACAGCUGAAGUUGAUUUUGGUGGAUAUCCAUAUUGGAUAAUGAAAAAAGAAGGAAUUUUUAUACGUCGUCCGAAUAAAAUGUAUUAUCAAUUAAUAGAUCGUUAUUUUGAUAAAUUAAUUUCAUAUUUUGUUCCAUUACAAUAUCAUUUAGGUGGAAAUAUAAUCAAUUUUCAAAUUGAAGAUGAUUCCGAUGUUCCAAUUAUUCCAUUCGAUGAAACACAUCAAUAUUAUGGAUAUUUACGUGAUGGAUUACUUAAACGUGGUAUUCAAACAUUAAUAAACACACUUGCUUGGCCCGAUAGUUUAUCAUUCGAAAAAGCCAUUAUUCCCAAUACAUGGACAGCAACUGAAUAUACAAUUCAUCAUUCAACACGCGAUGCAUACGCUGUAGUUCGAAAACAUGCACCAAAUCAAAAUCCAUUUAUGGUUAUGGAGUAUUAUCCAGGUUGGGUUGAUUUCGAAGGAAAUCAUCAUCAUGGAACCAUGGAUAGUGAAGAAUUUGCUCGAGGUGUUGAUGAGAUUUUAUCCUAUAAUGGUUCAAUUAAUUUUUAUAUGGUUUUUGGUGGAACAAAUUUUCAAUUUAAAAAUGGCGGUGAUUGGACGUUAGAAUAUCAUUCGAUAACAACAUCGUAUGAUUAUGAUGCAAUGAUAACAGAAUGUGGUGAUGCACAUCAAACGAAAUUUCAAGCUGUACGUAAUGUGAUUGCGAAAUAUAUUCCAUUAAAACCGAUACCAACACCAUCUCCAUCUCCCAAAGGUUUAUAUGGAACGAUUUAUUUUGAUUCUUAUGCAAAAUUAAUUGAUAAUCUUUAUCCAUUCGAUGUUAUUUACAAUAUAGAUGAACCAAUUCAAUUUGAAUAUCUUAAUCAAAGUUAUGGUUAUGUUCUUUAUUCGACACAGUUAAUAAAUUUUACUCAUUCAUCUCAACUAUUAGUUUUACCAUGGAUACAAGAUCGAGCGGUGAUUUUAUUAGAUGGAAUUUUACAAGGGAUUGUUGGAUGGAGUGAAAAAGAUCCAAUUACAAUUUUAAAUUUACAUCCAGUGAAAACAAAUCCAAAUCCACGUUUAGAUAUUUUAGUGGAAAAUAAAGGACGUUGUUGUGCUGUUCUAUCAGGUUUUGAUUGUAGUUUUAAAGGUCUGAAAGGUAGACCUCGAUUGAAUUUUCGAGAAUUAACCAAUUGGACAAUAACAAAAUUACCUAUGGAUGAAAAAUUAACAAAUCAAUCGCAUACAUUUCAUUGGAAACUCGUAUCAUCGAAUAUAUCGAUUGUAUCACCGACAUUUUAUCGUAGUACGUUUUAUAUCAAUAUGUCUCAACCGUUACAUUCGUUUCUUUGUACGAACAAUUGGGGACAUGGUUUUAUCGUGAUUAAUCAUUUUAAUAUUGGUCGUUAUAGUGAAAAAGGACCACAACGUACACUUUAUGUCCCAGCACAUAUCUUAAAACAAGGUCUUAAUGAAAUUUUAGUGUUUGAAAGUGAUCGAAAAGACAUGUUGAUGAAUAUAAAUGAGAAAAACAUGACUUUCAUUGAUUAUCCAAUGUGGAGUAUUUGA